AUGCUUUCGAUUGAGCAAAGGUAUAACAUCUGUCUGAUGGCAGAGAGACACCCUAAAUGGACUCAGUUGGAAUUGGCUCGCUGGGCAUACGAAACUUUCCAAUUGCCAAAAAUACCAUCACAGGGAACAAUAUCGCGACUUCUGGCUAAGAAAGAUAUAUACAUGAACUGUAAAGAUAACGAGAAGGCUUGUAAUAGAGUUAGAAAGCCAUAUAAUGCGCUGGUGCGCCGCAUCCUUCAAGAAUGGGUUUCGCAGAGUAUAUGGAACGGUAUACCUAUUAAUUCUCCUAUAAUUCAAGAUACAGCACAAUCAGUAUGGUACCGAAUACCAGCAGAGUACCGUGAAGGCAACGGAUCAUUCUCCUAUAAGUGGAUAAACAAUUUUUUGACUAAAAUGGAUAUCAGUAUAUCUAACUUGGACGAAGAAUUACCAAAACCACCAAAAGUUUGGACUUUUGAGGAAAGAAGUGCACUAAAGGAAAUUUUUGCAAAAAUACCUCCAAAGGAUCUCUUUACGCUGGAUGAAACGUUUUUGGCGUACAAUUUACCAUUGGAUUAUGCACAAUAUGAGGCUAGUCAUAUCCAGAGAAGAAUUGAAGUGGCAUCUGUCAUGCUUUGUCUUAAUUUGGAGGGUUCUGAAAAAUUAAAUCCACUUGUUGUGGGUAAGUAUAACAGCUAUAGAAGUUUCAGAAAUUAUUUUCCAGAGGAUCCCGUUGAUCCCGUAUCACAAUCGCUGUUGGGUGAAAAGAUGGCAAGAAGAUUUGGAAUAUCCUAUCAAAGUAACCGAAAAUCGUGGCUAACAAGUAAUCUGUUUCACGAUUGGCUUGCCCGCUGGGAUAAACGAUUGGUGGCUGAUAAUAGGAAGAUUUGGAUUAUUCUUGACGAUUCAUGUUCACAUAGAAUUAUCAAUCCAAGUCUAAAAAAUAUCGAACUUGUUUAUACAUCAGCAAACUCAAGGUUUUUACCGUUUAAUUGGGGCAUCCUAGAUGAAUUUAAGACAAGGUAUAGAAUCCAACAGUACCAGGCAUUAAUAGAGCUACAAAACACUCUGGAAAAAAGGACACAUAAAAAAAUGUUGAUAAGCUUUGAGCAAAGUCAACUGACAAUGUCAAACGCUUUCAAAUUUAUCAAAAAAGCUUGGAAAGGAGUUCCUAUCGAAACAAUAAGAGGUAACUGGAAAAGUUCCGGAAUAUUACCGCCAGAGAUGAUUCAGCUGGAUGAGACAGUCAGUAUGGCUUUUAAAAAGAACGAAGUACUUGAAGCUGAACUGAACCGUCUCUGCAAUCAAUUUUAUUGUGCCAAAAAGUGGGACCAUGAUAUGUUAUUGGACCUGAACAUUGAAAAUAAGAAUACCAACUUUUUGAGUACCGAAGAGCUGGUCGAGAGUGCUAUAGUAGACGCAGUAGAGCCUGUUACUCAGUCAAAUAAUGGUGACGUCUAUACUCAUUCAACCUCAAAUAGUCUUAAUGUCAAUCCCCAACUAAGCGAGUACUAUAACUUCGAUCUUUUUAAUGAUCGUAAUUUGGCUGUUGAUAUGGGUAAUUUGAUCGAUAAUUCAGAAUCUGACAACGAAACAAAGAGUAAUUUCGAUAAGAAUAAUACUGAAAAUCAAAGUAAAGUCACUAACUCAACGAAUACGAACGACUCAGUCAUAUCAAGCAAUCCGGAGACAACAUUGAAUCACGACACAAAUAAUAGCAACUACGCGGUUAAUUUUGAUAGAAUUUUAGCGAAUGAAUAUAUGCAAGAUCAACAAGGAAAGCUUUACAAUGUAAGCACAUUGAUCGACAAACCAAAUUCAUUGAUGAAUGAAAACGGUAUACUUGAUUUAAGGGGUGUUGGAAUUGAUACUUCAAUAGUACCGUCAGAUUAUUUCAAUGAUAUGUUUCCUUCCUCAGCUGUGCCAGGCACUGCAGCGCCUUUGACAUCCGGAGGUAAUACGAGUACCGGGAUACCACCACAAGAUAUCAACGCUCCAUACUCUGAUAAUAAUGCCACGCAACAACACAAUACAUCUUCUGCUAUAACUGGUUUUGAAGAUCCAGCUUUGAACCGCAUCAUUGAUAGUGCUGUUGCAUCUGAUCCGGCUUCCGAAUCACUUCAGGAGUUCAAUUCUGCACAUCAUCCCGGAGCAACCUUACAAUCUCAUAUCAACCUAGCCAAAUCGUUAGGAAAUAUUUUAAAACAUACGGAAGCCCGAGAAGUAAGCUUCUCUGAUAGAACGAUAGAUGAAAUCAAAUUCAAUUAUCAAGCAAUACUUGGUAAAAUUAAGAAGGGACGGCGACAAAUGCAUAACCUUAAGGCCAGACGAGGACAGGUGCAGCUGGAAAGAUUUUUGUCUUCUGCAAGUCCCAGUACUUCCGAUAUAUCCCCACAAAAUGUUCAAGGUCCUGUAGAUCUACAGUUACCUGGUAAUGCAACUUUUUUCUGA